AUGCAUGGCAGUGUUCCUGCUGAUGUCAGGUCCAACGGACUCUCCCCUCGGCAAGAAGUCAACGAGCUAAUAUCACUCAAAAAUUUUACUUUGAAGCAGCUUGUGGAGGACGUGUGCCCUGCCUUGGGGGAACCCCCCAGACGUGCACACCAGUUGUGGAAGUGGAUGUAUCACGACGGCAUGUGGGCAUCGGAUCUUGAUGCCACAGUAGGACAGCCCGAGGGCUUCAGUCAGGACUUCUGUGACAAGAUGCGAUGCAGAGCCACUGUCGAUGCUGGGAUGGAGAUACAUGGGAUACACAGGAGCGACGAGGGGACGACGAAAAUAGUGUUCAGGAUUGAAAGGGGCCCUUUGGCAGGGAAAAUGGUCGAAACUGUCAUCAUACCCGUGGAGAGGAGGAGUGAGAGGCGACGACAGAGGCGCGUCACCAUUUGUGUUUCGUCACAGGUCGGCUGUGCAAUGAACUGCCAAUUCUGCUACACAGGAAAAAUGGGACUCAUGGGAAACCUGAGCGCAGCUCAAAUCGUCGAACAGGUCGUCGCCGCGAGGCGCCUCGUCGCCAAGGAGUCCGGCACCGUGGACCAGAGCCCCAGCGAGGCGACGAACGUCGUCUUCAUGGGCAUGGGCGAGCCCCUGGACAACCUCCCGGCCGUCUGCACCGCCUGCGACAUCAUGCUGGACCCCGCCGGCCUGCGCCUCUCCCCCAACAAGGUCACCGUCUCCACGGUCGGCCUGGUCCACCAGGUCCGGGCCUUCCUGGCCGCCUCACCCGCCCAGCUGGCUGUCUCCUUGCACGCCACCACCGACGAGGUGCGAAACUGGAUCGCGCCCGUGAACCGCCGCCACGGUCUGGCCGAUCUGAUGGCCGUUCUCGAGGAAGCCUUCCCGGUGGGGAGGACGGCCAGAGGGCGCAGGGUGUUCUUCGAGUACGUAAUGCUGGAUGGCAUCAACGACUCUGACGACGACGCCAGGCGGUUGCUGGCCCUGACGGGACGCGUGGAGUGCUCGAUCAACCUGAUCGAGUUCAAUGCCUACCGGGGGUCGAUCUUCAGGGCGUCGCCCCGAGAGAGGGUGGAGGCGUUCCAGAGGGUGGUGAGCGACGGCGGGGUGCUGUGCACGGUGAGGUUCGGACGGGGGAGGGGGGAGAUGGCGGCGUGCGGGCAGCUGGGCGACGCGGAGGGGGGAGGGAAGGGGGGCAGGCUGCUGCCGCCGCCGGAGCGAUUCGCCCACGCCGUGGUCGGGGACCUGUCGUCGGCCCGUUGA